GGCAGCGGCAUCAAGUCUCCAGUUUGCAAAAGCUCGAGUUUCAGAGAUCUUUUUUCUGCUCAAAUUUCUCACUCACAUUGCUCAAUUCUUGCAGCAAGUUCUUUCCAAAGAUACACUGCAGAGCUUUGUCUAUCACACCACCAAAUUCCUUUCCAAGAUGUCCGGCAUUCAGCCUGUGGCGGUCUACGCCAUGAAAGUCCCUCCAGGAGACAUUCUGGUUCCUGCCGUUCCCGAAUUUGCGGCUAUGUUUCGUGUGACCAUGGCUGCGAUCGACCCAAGCGCCGACCCUGACUUCGAAGCCGCCGACGACAAGAAACCAGCUCGCGCGACCCUCAAACUGGUCCGUCUCCCAUUCGACGAGGACGACGACGAGGAUGACUCGGAAGAUGAGGACUUCGACCUCGACGGACUUCUAGACGAGGACGAGGACGAGUCUGAUGAAGAGGACGAAGAGGUCAAUGGAGGCCCAAGUGAAAAGAAGACCAAGAAACAAGCCGCAGAUGAGGACGACGAAGACGAAGACAUGGAAGACGAGGAUGAUGAGGACGAUGACGAUCCCGAAGCUACCAUGAAAGCGAUCAAGGAACUGAAGAAAAUCAUGAUGGCUGCUAAGGGUAAAGGAAAGGCCGUCGAGGGCGAGGACGACGAGGACGACGAGGAGGAUUCCGAUGACGAGUCACUCGAAUUGGACGAAGUCGUCAUCUGCACUCUGGACCCAGAAAAGAACUACCAACAACCUAUCGACUUUGUGGUUGGCGAAGGCGAAAAGGUCUUCUUCAAGGUCUCGGGCACGCACACGGUCCACCUCACCGGCAACUACGUGAUCCCUCAAGACGAUGGCCAAGCCUCACUCUACGAUGAAGACGACGAGGAUGAGGACGUCUACGACCUGUCUCCCGAUGAAGAUGAACUCGACCUCCUCGAAGGUGCCGGUUCCGACUCCGAGUCUGACGAACUCGAUGAUCUGGAUGAUCCCCGUGUCACUGAGGUCCACGAAGAUGAAGACGAGGUGCCCAAGCUGGUCAAGGAUACGGGUAAAGGCAAGAACAAGCGUCCCGCCCAGGACAGUGAAGAGGAAGACGAAGCAAACCUCGACGAUAUCAUGGCCAAGUCGUUGAAGAAGGAUGAAGCCGCUCCUGCUGGCGAGAGCAAGAAACUCAGCAAGGAGGAGAAGAAGCGCCUGAAGAAGCUCAAGAAGAAUGAUGGCGAGGCUGCUCCUGUCGAUACCCCAGCUGCCGAUUCCAAGAAGGAAGUCAACGGUGGCUCGGAAAAAAAGGUCCAAUUCGCGAAGAACCUCGAACAAGGUCCCACCCCAUCUGGCCCGACACCCGCCAAAUCCGACAAGAAGGAAAAGGCCAGUGGUGCGUCGGUCGGUGUCAAGGAAGUUCAAGGUGUGACUGUUGAUGACCGAAAGGUGGGUGAAGGCCCCGCCGCGAAGAAGGGCAAUCGUCUGGAAAUGCGCUACAUCGGCAAACUCGACAAUGGCAAGGUCUUCGACAGCAAUAAGUCAGGAAAGCCCUUCAGCUUCAAGCUGGGUGCCGGCGAGGUGAUCAAGGGUUGGGACAUCGGACUCCAAGGCAUCCAAGUCGGUGGAGAGAGACGCCUGGUCAUCCCGGCUCAUCUGGCCUACGGCAACAAGGCUUUGCCUGGAAUUCCGAAGAACAGCAAGUUGACGUUCGACAUCAAGUGCUUGAGCGUGAAAUAAGCGAACCGGUGGAGCAGACAGAGACGUCAAGUGAGGUUGCGAGGGCAUGUUGGCCUUUCGUCGCUUUUUCAGGUCGGACUGACUCGUGCUCUACGUCCAGCACUUGAGGACGACUGCACCUCCAAAAAGGGUCGGGGUAUGUGGAUAAAAGUGGUUUUUGGCUGUGUAUGAUUGCGGUUCAGCGGCGUUCAUGGCCCAUCAAAGGAGACAUGCAGUACUCAUCGGGAUUCCCUCGUACCUAAUAUCCAUCGGCUUCAGACAAAGCACGAUCUACUGCAGUGGUGACUGUGUAUGAGUAAGGCCUCCCUAUCCCGCAAAUAGGCAGAAGAGAACAAAUGGAAAAAGUCUUGUUUAGUGUAG